AUGAGCAUCAGUCUGCGCCUCGCCCGGCGCUCCGUUGCCGGGGUUGGGAUUCGCAGCUCGUCCCCACGACUGCUCUCGACGCUAUCUACGCCGCGGCGUCCUGGGCUUUCCCUGUCCUCCUCUAUCUCUGCGGCAUGUCCGAAUGUCUUCCUCACGCAACGGCGUAAUAUCUCGGACGGCGGUAGCGGCGCGGCGUCCGCGGCUUCAGAGGCUGCUGCUUCUGCUUCCUCCGCUGCUUCCCAAGCAACUGCUUCGACCGCCGACAUUGUGUCUAACCUUGGCACAAGCCCCUUCUUCGAGACGGUCUGGCAGGCGGCCAAGUCGAUUGUGCUGUUCCCUACGAACAUGGUGACUGAGGCGCUUGUGAACAUUCCGACACCGAGCUACGUUCUCUCAGUGUUCGUGCUCGCGUACGUCCUUCGCACUACUCUCACCUUCCCAAUGCAGAUCUGGCAGCGGAAGCGCGUUGAACGUCUGCACAGAUUCGUUCACCCACAUCUUGAUGGAAUCAACGAACGAAUUGCGUUGGAAACGAUGGUCGAGGCCAAGCGGGAUGGCUGGCCUUAUGAGAAGUAUAUUGAGACCGUAAGGAAGAAAAUGGCGGAUGCUGUCUUCAUCAUGCACAAGACGCACAGGACGCACCCGUGGGUGACGAUGCUGGCGCCAGCAGCCGUCAACAUUCCGCUCUUGAUUGCGGCGUCGUUUGGCGUGCGCAAUGCUCUGCUCGCAAGCCCCGAGAUUGCGACCAGCUCGUCUCUGUGGCUGCAGAGCCUUGGCGAUCCCGACUCCACGGCCAUCCUGCCUAUUGCGACUGCCAUUCUGGCGUACGGAAAUAUCGAGCUUAUUCAGCGCUCGCAGCGAAUCCGCAAAAAACUGCACAAACUCGCUGAUGUUGCACCGAAGGAGAAGCUUGAUCAGGUCGAGAAGUUGGAGCCUAUGCCCGAUGCCCCUGACCACUUGAAGCCGCGACCUGGCCCCACUCCCGAAGCCGCGAGCGACCACAUGUUGGAACUCGGCCCGGCCAAAGAGAAUCUAGGGCAGAGUGGGCAGCUGCGGCCUGGAAUCGCCAGGGCCCGGGCUUCCAGCAGACUGGAGAAGCCCAGGUCGCAGAUCGUUGAUGAAACCAGGCUGAAGCCCGGCUCACCGCCCUUUCGCCCGUUGGAGCCUCCCAAGCCGGUACCCAAGGGCGAGCGGCGUAAGCCACGCGCCCCGCCCAAGCUUGAGAAUGUCUCGAAAGUCAACCGCGUUCUGGAGUUUGCGCUCAGCGAUCGUGAUCGCAUGUCCAAGGGUUUUGGCAACUUCAUGUCUGUGGUCGCCAUCUGCAUCGUGCCCGCCGGAAUGAUGACGCCCGCGCUCGUCGUGUCGUACUGGUUCGCGUCCAUGUCCUACACGGCGCUCCAGACUGUCGCAUUCACACACAUCGACAAGAAGAAGUACGACGAGAUCAGGAGCUUGCUGGAGAUCGAUGCCCAGAAGAGUCUCCAGGGCAAGCUCAAACAGCAGGCCGAGCUCGACGCAGCACUUGCUCAAGCUCCCGGAAGAGGUUCUCAGGCGCCUCGUCUCAAGCAAUGA